GGACUUUUAAUUAUGAACCACAUUUUUGAACCGGAAGUACUCAGUUGUAGCACUGUCUGUGUUCCUCAAGAAACUUGUUUUGUUGUUUUAAUUCGCGGAGUAAUACAGCACCUGUGAAACAAUGGAUGUUGAAGACAGGACUUACGGUGGUUGUGAAGGCCCUGAUGCCAUGUAUGUAAAGCUGAUCUCUUCAGAUGGCCUUGAGUUUAUUGUGAAGAGAGAGCAUGCGUUAACCUCUGGCACCAUCAAGGCUAUGCUGAGUGGACCUGGUCAGUUCGCUGAAAAUGAAACCAAUGAGGUGAACUUCCGGGAGAUCCCGUCUCAUGUUCUCUCCAAAGUUUGCAUGUAUUUUACCUAUAAAGUGCGCUACACUAACAGCUCGACAGAAAUCCCAGAAUUCCCCAUUGCUCCUGAGAUUGCCCUGGAAUUGCUUAUGGCUUCGAACUUUCUAGACUGUUAGAUGGGAAUGGAGAAUGUGUUAUACUGUGACCGACUUACUUGCCAUUUGUUUGCCAUCAUAUGUGUUCCUAUGAUUUAUGAGUGUGUAUUUAUGAAUGUUUUGCAUUUUUGGAUCCACUGAGUUUUGGUAUGUUGUCAUUUGAAAUGGCUAGGUAAUGUUUUAAAUGUCUUACAAUCAUUUUGUAUUUGAAAAAAAAUAUGGAUGAACCAAAUAUAUCAUUGUCACACUUCUA